AUGGUGAAUCUCGAUGAUGGACAUCGUCGGUGUUCGGACGCCUCACCCGAGAUAUCAAUGCCCCAAGCCAAAACACGUGAUCCAAGUCCGGAUGUGAUGAACAGUGCUCUGAGGUCAGGUCGGUCUUUCCAUCUCGAUGAUUGCGCCAUUUCCCUCGAUGACGAAAAGGACAAUGUAUCUGAAUUCUCCAGGGCUCCUAUGCAUUAUGAUAUGGAAGAUGAUCAAAGUGACGUUGAUCCAUCUGUAUCGAAACGGAGCUCACCACAGACGUUUUUAGCAGCUGCAGCCGUGAUGCAACCUAAGCUCGUCGCAAGGCCAUUCAACCCUGAUAGACCUCAGCUGUGGUUUGCUCAACUGGAGACCCAGUUUACCGAUCUUGGAAUAGUGACGAAGAUCGAUAAGUAUAAUAAAACUGUUCCGCUAAUUGAUACGGUCUAUGCAGCAGAGGUCGAGGAUCUCAUUAUUGCUAGACCAGUUAAUACCCCAUACCAAACAUUGAAGAAUGAAUUAAUUCGAUGUUUUACCACGUCAAGGUCAAUGAAUUUAUUACGACUGCUGGACAAUGAGAAUCUUGGAGAUCGUACACCCUCGAAGCAUCUUAGGCAUUUAAAGGCUCUGGUUCCAGGUGUCGAUGAGGAGGUCUUAAAGACACACUGGCUGUCUCACCUUCCGGAGCAGACUAGAGCGACGCUUACUGCCCAGGUUGACGCUUCGUUGGAGAACCUGGCGAAACUGGCUGAUAGGGUCCAUGAGGUCUUUCAACCUCAUCAGACUUCAGCUAAUUCGGCCUCGUCGGGUAAUGUGGUCAACUCUGCGCUUCGUGAUGAGCUGGAGAGUUUGAAGGCUACAGUAGCUGCGAUGCAGCUGCGUGAGUCGCGUUCUCGCUCAAGAGGGCCACCCAAGUGCCUUCCGGGUUGUCGGUCCACCAAGGCACAGUACCUAGUGGAUACCGGUUCCGACGUUUCAGUGUGUCCUCGCCGGGUGCACACUCGAAAAAGGGACGCGUCUGGUUAUCAGCUGUUCGCAGCCAACAACACUCUGAUCAAUACUUAUGGCUACAUACCGAUCCUGCUCGAUCUUGGCCUGCGCAAGGAAAUCAAGUGGCGUUUUGUUGAAGCUGGUCAGCUUCAAGACGGACAGCUGGUUAAAUUCGAGUCGUUCUCAGUCAGACUCCAGACGAUUGAAGAGGAUUCAUCUUAUGUAGCCCUACUGAAGAAGUUUCCUGCCAUAAUUAAGCCGGAGGGACUCCUUCGAAACAUCAAGCAUAUGACGCAACACCACAUUAGGACUACACACGGCCCACCAGUAUCGGCCAGACCAAGACGUUUGCUACCAAAUAAGCUGGCUAUAGCAAAGGCUAAGUUUUCGAAUAUGCAGAAGCUUGGCAUCGCUAGGCGCGGUCAGGGACCAUGGUCUUCGCCUCUGCAUUUGGCUCCUGAGAAUAAUGGAGAAUGGAAACCGUGUGGUGAUUACCGGGGCCUGAAUGAUCGGACGAUCCCGGACAAGUAUCCCGUUCGCUACCUUGAGGAUUUCGCCGCAAAUCUUUACGGAUCCACGAUAUUUUUGACUAUCGAUCUCGUGAAGGCGUUUAAUCAGGUUCCGGUAGCAGCUGAAGACAUCCAGAAAACGGCCAUAAUAACUCCUUUUGGGCUAUUCGAGUUCCCGUUCAUGACUUUCGGUCUGCGCAACGCUGCUCAGACGUUUCAGCGUUUAAUCGAUGAAGUCACAAGGGAUCUGCCGUUUCUAUUUCCGUAUAUCGACGAUAUUCUCGUCGCCUCUGAGACACCUGAGCAACAUCUAGAUCAUCUGAGGCAACUGUUCCAACGUUUGGAGUAUUUCGGUCUGGUGGUAAAUGUAGCGAAGUCUGUCCUUGGCAAACCGGCGGUGGUUUUCCUUGGGCAUACCAUCAACGCACAGGGGAUCAAGCCCCCUGCGGACCGGGUAAGAGCGAUUCUCGAAUAUCCAAAACCUUCUAACGUUAAGUCUCUCCGCAGAUUUCUUGGUGCUCUCAAUUUUUACAGAAAGUUUAUGAAAGGGGCUGCAGAAAUUCUCGCUCCUCUCAACGCAGCACACAGGGGACCUGCCGUUAAAGGAAAGCAUCCGGUGGAUUGGACACCGGAGAUGGAGGCUGCUUUCGAUGCAAGCAAAAGGGCACUGGCUGAAGCCACUCAUCUGUCACAUCCGAACGUGCACGCUGAGUGGGCUGUGUUCACCGACGCAUCGGAUCACGCAAUUGGCGCUGUCCUUCAACAACGACAUCAGGAUGGUUGGCAGCCACUCGCCUUCUUCAGCAAGAAGCUUGCUCUCUCCGAACGUCAUCAUGCGACUUACGAUCGAGAGUUAGAAGCGAUUUACGAGAAACCGGAUAAGGCAACACCCUGGCAGUGUAGAAGACUGGAUUUCAUUGGCCAGUUUACGUCUGAUAUCGUACACGUGGCUGGCGAUGAUAACGUGGUAGCUGACGCUUUGUCUCGUAUCGAGGCAGUGUUCCAGGCGAUCGACAGUCAACAACUCGCUCAAUCACAGCGAGAAGAUCCUGAACUUCGCCAGCUGCUUGAAGGUAACAACAACAACAGUCUUAAUUUACAGCUAUUCCGCUUCCCAGGUUCGGACAUUAGAUUGUACUGCGACGUCUCAGCGUCGGGCACGAUUCGUCCACAGGUUUACACGGUAUCCAGAGGUGGUGCCACUACCGGACAUCAGGACAGAAACAGUAGUUCGUGCACUUCUCUAUCACUAGAUCGCAAGGUUUGGAGUACCUCUCAGGAUCACAUCAGACAGAGGAGGCCAGUUUAUCGCGGACAUUUACCGACGUCUGACAGAGAUGUUGGGAAUUUGACGCAAGCUUACUACGCCAAUUCAUCCCCAGGCUAA